AUGAGUAGCCAAACCCCACCACCAAAAUACAUCCAUGAAGACCACCAUGACCAUCCUGCUCUGCUUCCAGUGAUAGACCUUCCCAUCAUCGAUAUCAGCCAACUCACUACUGCAGAAGCAGAUCAGAACCUCCGAUCAGCUCUAAGCGAAUACGGUUGCAUCAUGAUAACAAACCAUGGAGUGGAGAGCUGGUUGCUGGAGAAAGUGGGGAUGGUGUUCAAGCAAUUCGUGGCUCUACCAGAAGAAGAGAAGCUGAAAUGCAAGAGGGAAGCUUUUCAAGGCUUUGGAGCUGACCCUGCCCUAGCUGGAGAUCUGCUUCCUGUUGAUUGGUCUGCUAGAUUGGUCCUCAAUGUGCUCCCCCAAGAGUUUAGAGAACUCAAGUAUUGGCCUGAGAAUCCACCAGAGUUCAGGGAAAUUGUGGACGAAUACGGGAGCAAGAUGGUAACACUCCAUGAAGUCAUUCUGACGGCACUGGCCAGGUCACUAAACCUGAAAGAAACCACCUUUCUUGACAAGAUUGGAGAGCCAUGGAUACUGUAUGCAAGAUUCAACUUCUACCCUCCAUGCCCGAGGCCGGAUCUCGUCUUCGGGCUCAAGCCGCACUGCGACGCCACGGCCCUGACGGUUCUGCUGCAGGACAAGGAAGUUGAAGGCCUUCAGAUUGAGAAAGAUGGGCAGUGGUUCAGAGUUCCCAUCGUUCCAGGUGCCCUUGUCAUCAAUGUUGGAGAACAACUAGAGAUACUGAGCAAUGGAGAGUUCAAGAGCUCGCACCAUAGAGCAACGGUGGAUUCCAAAAGGGAGAGGACUUCUCUGGCUAUGAUCUGUCUACCUAACCCGGAAAUGGAAGUUGGACCAGUUGAAGAGCUGGUGAGUGAAGAGAGGCCAUUGCUGUUCAGGAAGAUAACAAACCAUGGAGUGGAGAGUUGUCUUGACAAAGUGAGGACGGUGUUCAAGCAAUUCGUCUCGCUGCCAGAAGAAGAGAAGCUAAAAUGGAAGAGGGAAGUUGAUGGGUUUGAAGGGUAUGGGACUGACCCUGUCCCUGGAGAUUUGCUUGUUCGCCAUUGGUCUGCCAGAUUGAGCCUCACUAUUCGUCCCGAGGAGUUCAGACAGUUGAAGUAUUGGCCUGAGAAUCCAGCCGAGUUCAGGGAAGUUGUGGAUGAAUACAGCAGCAAGUUGGUAACAAUCUAUGAAGUCAUCCUGAAGGCACUGGCCAGGUCACUCAACCUGAAAGAAACCACCUUCCUGCACAAGAUGGGAGAGCCAUGGAUAAUGAAUGGAAGAUUCAACUUCUACCCUCCAUGCCCGAGGCCAGAUCUCGUCUUCGGCCUCAAGCCACACUCCGAUUCGACCGUGCUCACGGUUCUCCUGCAGGACAAAGAACUGGGAGGCCUGCAGAUUGAGAAGGAUGGCCAGUGGUUCAGAGUUCCCAUCGUUCCAGGCGCCCUUGUCAUCAAUGUUGGGGAGCAGCUAGAGAUACUGAGCAAUGGGGUGUUCAAGAGCUUGUACCACAGGGCAAUGGUGGAUUCAGAAGGGGAGAGAAUCUCCCUGGCUAUGCUUUCUCUUUCAAACCCGGAAGUGAUAGUGGAACCGAUUGAAGAGCUUGUGAAUGAAGAAAGGCCACCAAUGUACAGGAAGGUGAAAUAUGAAGAAACUACCCAUUUCCUGUACUACCAGAGUGGGAGGAGAGUCAUUGAUGAUGCCAGAAUUUGA